AUGACGAGCUCCGAGUCGCUCAGACCACGAAGCUGGCCCACGAUGCCUGCCAGGGACAUUGCACUUCUUCGCUCGACUUACAGACGAGCGCGUAUGCAUUAUAAUUUGCGGAAGAAGGAUGUGGCGAAACGUUGCGAGCUCUUCCACUUGGCAGCGCAGUCGAUUUUUGCCGGUGUCUCUGAAGUCUUCCAGGAGCGAAAGAGGAUUGCCGGUCUGGUCCUGCGCGCCGUCGCAACCGAAAAGUGCCGCCACGACACCAGGGAGCAGAUGGAAGAGGGCUUUCUUAAACGACUGGGGCGCCCCAAGCUCAAGGCUCCGGAGUCUCGACGCUUCAAGGCCAUCUUCGACUCGGCGGACAGCCUCCUUCUCAACAACUUCCCUCUUGCUGGGGAGGCCAUGUGCAAGGCCUGGUACAAGGCUGCGGGAGAAAGAAAAGGUGGGGCAGCAGCUGAGCCCUCCCGAGAGGCCUUGUUCUGCAGCAAGGAGGAGUUUGCCGAGCGGUCGCAGGGGCUCGGCAACUUGCUCCGAUGCCAGAGCACUUUGGAAUCCAACAUCAGGAAAGGCGUGGGGACAGGUAUGACUGGUGGAUGGCCGCCGGUCACUGCUGAUUGCCAACAAUCGCUUUACACGACCGUAGACUUACUAUUAGCGCUGGUGAUCACGAAAUCUGUGGUCGACCGGUGCAUCCGACUCCUAUAUGAGCCAACAGGCACGUACGACAUGCUGCAGAACAGCUUGGGGCAGGAUCCGCGAGUCAGCUUGCACAACAAAGCGGUGGUUCACGAGACAUCUUCUUCGCGGUGCAGCGGUUGCAGGUUCCCGCGGAUGCGCACGCGGACCCACAUAGCGAUUCGGUUGCCGUCUUGGCGGCCUGGAGACGUACUACUUCAUGCAAGUUGGUGA